AUGACGCCCUCGUCUGGCUCAGACUUCAUCCCACCGCGCAGAGCGAACGCCGGUCGGGCGCCGUCACGCGCCCCGGAGAGGGGCUCCGGGCUCCCGCCCUCGGGUGCCACCAACCCCCCGCCGCCGAGCCUGCUGACGCCCAACUCCGGUCCGCCGCCGGGGGGCGCUUCUUCGCGCUUCGGCUCGGGCGCCGCGGCCCCUGCGCCGCAGUUCCACGACAACCCGCCGGAGCGCACCUUCGAGCCGAUUGCCGCCAGCGGCAGCACGCAGCUCUUCACCAAUGACUAUUAUGGCAGCCAGGCGGCGGCCCGGUCGGCGCGCGGGCGGGUGGCCACCGCCGAUGAGGUCCAGGCGGCGGUGAGCCCGCUGCCUGGGCAGCGCCCGCCGGCCGGGUCCGACCCCUUCCGGCCCGGGGCCGCCGGGAAUGUCCUCCUCCGAGCGCACCAGGACCGCCGGGCCGAUGGGCGCCCCACCCCGGCGCUCAACGCCCCGGGCCUCAACCCGCGGGACUUCUCCCCGGAAUCGGGGGGGGAUUCCUCGUCCUCUCGAUCGCCAGGGGGGGGGGAUCCCUCACCGCCGCCGCCUCCCUCGGCCGCCUCCUCCAGCGGCAGCGAGCGCCCGGACGGCCAGCAGCUCCCUCUGCCGCGGUCGGAGGCCCCGCAUACCGGGGGCCUGCACCCGCGUGACAAGCGCCCGGACCCGAUGCCAGUCGGCGUCCCGGCGGCCCCGGACACCUUGCCCACCCUGCCGGUGGCCCGGGCCCCUGCGGCCGGGCCGCAUCUCCCUCCCCCGCGUGAGGCCUACCCCACGCCGGAGGCCCACCCUGGCGAGGGCGCUGCCGAGCAGCAGGAAGCCGCCGCCGCCGCUCCUCGGCCUCCUGCCGCCCGGCUGCCGGCCCAGCCAACCGUCAGCUCCCCCCCGCCCUUGGGCCGGCACAAGGCCGCGACCGCCGGGGCUGCUGCUGGGGCCGGCGCCUCCUCGGUCCACAGCCCGGCCAAGCUGAAUCUCAUACAGUCGCGCCAGCGCCAGGCCAUCUCCGGCCAGCCGGCCACCGAUCCCGACCAGCUGGGCGCCGUGUCCAGCACGGACUCCCUGCUGGAGGUGGACCUGAGCGAUGCGACGCUGCACUUUUGCGCCCGGGCUGCCAUGGACUCCACCGGCAAUGUGGUGGAGAACUGGGAGUCCACCCUCCGGCGCUGUGUGCAAUCGGUGGUGUCCCUGCGGAUCAACCUCGUGCGGUCCUUCGACACCGAGCGCGCGUCCUCCUCCCAGGCAACCGGCUUCGUGGUCAAUGCCGAGAUGGGCAUCAUCCUGACCAACCGCCAUGUUGUCACGCCGGGUCCCAUCACGGCCGAGGCCAUCUUCCAUGACCAUGAGGAGCUGCCGGUGUGGCCGGUGUACCGGGACCCGGUACAUGAUUUCGGCUUCCUGCGCUUCGACCCGAAGAAGCUCCGGUACCAGCGGGCCGAGGCGAUUCCCCUGUCGCCGGAGCGCGCGCGUGUGGGCUGCGAAAUCCGCGUCGUCGGCAAUGACGCCGGCGAGAAGCUGUCCAUCCUGGCCGGCACCAUCGCCCGGCUGGACCGCCAGGCCCCGAACUACGGCCUCGGUCGGUACAACGACUUCAACACCUUCUACAUCCAGGCGAGCUCCGGCACUUCGGGCGGGUCUUCCGGCUCGCCGGUGCUGGACAUUUCCGGCCACGCGAUCGCCCUGAAUGCCGGUGGCCAGCGCAAGGCCGCCGCCUCGUACUAUGUGCCGCUGGACCGCGUGGCCCGGGCCCUCCGCCUGCUUGAGCAGGGGGAGAUCCACAUCCCGCGCGGGACCCUGCAGGCGGUGUUCGUGCACCAGCCCUUCGAUGAGGCCCGUCGCUUGGGGCUGCCGGCCAUGGUCGAGCGCCGCGUCCGCCGGGCGCGGCCCAGUGCCACCGGCAUGCUGGUGGUGGAUGAGCUGAUCCCCGGCGGGCCGGCCGACCAGGCCGGCCUGCGCCCGGGCGACGUCCUGAUCGCCAUCAAUGGCCAGCUUGUGGUGGACUUCGUCACCCUGGAGUCCAUCCUCGAUGACAAUGUCGGCCAGGAGGUGGCCAUCGUGGUGGACCGCGGUGGCCAGCGCCUGGCCCGGCUGCCGGCCGACGGGACCGGCAGCCUGCCCCCCUUCCCCGGCAUGCAGGCCAGCCUGGAGUCGCCCGAGGAGGCUGCUCCGGCCGACGCGGCCGCCGGCGCCGGCGGCUACCCCGGCGACGACGACCCGGGCCGGGCUGAGCAGCAGGGCGAGGACCAUGCCGCGGCCCAUGGCCAUGCGGCCGACACCUGGGCCCGGCUGCAGUCGGCGACGCCGCCGACCAGCUCCAACGAGGCCAGCGCCGGGCCGGAUGCCAGCAGCAGCGGCCUGGACCUGGACCUCCUGCCGUCGGCCAUCGAGAACCCCUUCACCGGGCGCAUGCUGACAAAUGCCGAGGUGGACCUGGUCAGCACCCUGCGGGCGUCCCCCUCCUCGCAGCUGAUCAAUGUCCGAGUGGGCGACCUGCAUGAGAUUACCCCGGAUCGGUUUGUCAGUGUGUCGGGCGGCAUUGUGCACACCCUGUCCUACCAGAUGGCCCGGGCUUACUCGGUGCCGGUGGGCGGCGUGUACAUCGCCUCCUCGGGCUACAUGCUGUCCAUGGCCGGGCUCAGCUCGGAUGAUGUGAUCACCCACUUGGACAACAUGCCCACCCCGACGCUGGACGAGUGGCUUCGGGUGUUCAGCGCCCUGCCGGAUGGGGCCCGGGUGCCGGUGCGCUUUGUGUCGCUCGGGGAUUUGAACCGCGCCUGCGCCACCAUCAUCGUGGUCGACCGGCGCUGGCACCCGCUGGAAAAGUGGGUGCGCGAUGAUCGCCUCGGGACCUGGCUCUGCCAUCAGGUCCCUCUGCCGGCGCUGCCGCCCAUGAUGCCGGAGGCCGCGGUGGUCACCUUCCCGCAGACCAGCGCCAAGAUGCCGCCGGAGGCCGAGCGCACGGUGCGCGCCCUGGUCACCGUGGGCUUCAGCUGCCCGUACGCCAUCGAUGGUGUCCAUGGGACGCGGUUCAAUGGCACCGGUGUCAUCGUCAGCAAGGAGAAGGGCCUGGUCAUGUGUGACACCAACACCGUGCCCAUCGCCCUGGGAGAUGUGACGGUUUCCUUCGCCGCGUCGAUCCUGCUCCCGGCUCGUAUUGUUUUCAUCCACCCGAACCACAACUAUGUCAUCAUUCAGUAUGAUCCGCGUCUGCUGCUGGACUCGCCGGUGGAGGAGGUGGAAAUGGAGCUCCCCGGUCAGACAUGCGGCCGGGUGCCCAUCUCCUGCGAUCUGGCCUCCGAUGAGGAGAUCUUCUUCCGGCUGACAACCAUCUCCAACUCCUAUGAGCUGCUCCUGCGCGAGACCAACCCCCCCCGGUACCGCGCCACCAACAUCGACGUGGUGGAUGUGGACAACUCCCCCCGCGCGGAUGGUGGUGUCCUGCUGUGCCCGGUGACCGGGCGCAUGCGGGCCUUCUGGGCCUCCUUCGCCUUCCAGGACUCCGACGGCAAUGACGCCCAGCUGUGGGCCGGCAUCCCGUCCGGCAUCAUCCAGCCGGUGGUCAGCCGCAUGACGGCCAACUUCGAUGACCCGACCCCGUCGGGCAUGGACGACUCGGACCCGGGGCAGCGGGUGCCGCGCCCGCAGCAGCAACACCGGCGCCAGCGCCGCCAGACCAAUGACCUGCGCGUGCGCGUGCCCAAGAUCUUCAGCCUGGAGGUGGAGGUCCGGCCGAACUCCGUGCUGAAUGCCCGCGCCCUGGGCGUCAGCGAUGAAUGGCUGGCCCUCAUUGCCCGGGCCAACCCCCGGCGGAACAGCCUGCUGGCGGUGCGCCGCGUGGCGGCCAGCACCCCGGCCAGCAUGUGCCUGCGCGAGGGCGACCUGAUCCUGGCGUGCGAUGGCCGCAUCGUGCCCACGGCCCGGGCCCUGGACAGUGUCCUCCAAGGGGACUUCACGGCCGGGAUUGAGUGCGAUGACACCGUGCUCCUGCCCCGUCCGGAGGAUGUGUCCCGCGAGGGGUGGCGCAGCAGCACGGAUUUGGAGCUGUUCCGGGCCACCGGGGAGGCGACUGGGGCCGGGGCCGGUGCCCCCCCUGGCGGCCGCCCGCCCGGCGGCAAGAUCGGCUCCCUGGGAGACGGCGUGCUGGAGCAGUUCCACCUGGAGACGCGGGAGCAGCGCCGGCGCCAGCGUCGCGAGCGGAUCAAGCGCCGCUCGCGCCGCGAGCAGCCCACCUCCAGCACGGACUCGGCCAGCCUGGCCGCCGAGGACAGCCACCACCCGGCGGCCCCCUCGAUCGGGGUGACGGGACCGGCGCCGGGCCAGCCGCCGCCCUCGCCAACGGCCCGCGCGGCCACCAUCGCCGCCAAGGCCGCCCGCCGGGCCAGCAUCCAGGGCGGCGACGGCCUCGAUGGGUACAUGGUGCGCCAGCUGCGCGAGGAGCACCGCCGGCGCAAGCAGCGCGCCUGGCUCCGCCUCCAUGACCAGGCCAUGGCCUCGGACCUGAGUGAUCACAGCGACCUGGACCUGAAUGCCUCGGAUUUGGAGGCCCUUUCGCUGACCGACGAGGAGGACUAUGCCUUUUCGUCGGCCGACGAUGAGAGCGGCGCCCCGGUCGGCGGCGGCUACCCGGCGGCCGAUGACGAGGGGGCCGAGCGGCCGCCGCACCGGCGCCCCGGCAGCGGCGGCAGCAGCUCCGGCGUCAAUGGCAGCGGCGGGGGCCACAUCACCGCCAAGCGCCUGGCCGCGAUGCGCAUGCAGCAGCCCAACAAGGUGGUGCUGACCAUCCUCCGCGAUGGGCUGGUCAUGUCCUUCCGCAUUCCCCUGGUGGAGGUGAACACCAUCGGCACCCAGCGUGUCAUCCUGUGGGCUGGUGCGGCCCUGCAGCAGCCCCACCGGCCGGUGUUCCAGCUCCGGCGCACGGCCCCCCCCGGGGGGGUCUACUCGUCCUGGUGGUCGACCGGCUCGCCGGCCCAGAUGUACGGGCUCCGUGCCACGGUGUGGAUCACCGAUUGCGAUGGGUUCCCCUGCCCGGAUUUGGACUCCUUCGUGGAGGCCAUUCGCCAGGCCACCGAGGGCCGUGUGGCCGAGUAUGAGCGCCUGCAGCGCAAGCGCCAGCUGGAGCAGGACUCCGCCCACCGCCGGGGCCUCCCCCCGGCCGCCGGCCAGGACGACGAGGCGGCCCAGCGCCACCAUCGCCAGCCGCCGGCCUCGCACGCCGACCGGGCCUCCUUCUUCCUGCCGCCCUCGUCGCCGGUGGUGGACACCGAUGUCGACAGCACCUACCUUCGCCUGACGACCGUGGACUUCCAGAACCGCACCCGAGUGAUCACCCUCAAGCCGGACCCGCACUACUGGUCUUCGUGGGAGCUCAUCCGUGUGGAGGACCCCUCCGACCGCGAGGCGGAAAACCGCCGCCAGGCCUUGAAUGCCGAUUCCUGGAGCGGGUACCUGCAUGGGUGGCAGCUCCGGCCGCUGAGCUUCGAGGGGUGCUGCUGCCUGGAGGAGUUCGAGCGGGCCCAGCGCCAGGCCGGCGGCCAGCCCCAGCUGGAUGCCGACCUGGCCACCGGGGGGGGGCCAGCCGGCAGGGCAGCGGCAUCCACCGGCUGCCUCAAUUUGGAUCCGGUCCUCUGUCGCUGCGAGGCGCGCAAUGACUUCCUGAACCACCGCCGCCGAUCGGUGCAGAUGCGGGAGAAGGCCGACGCGGAGGCGGCGGCUGCCGCGGCGGCUGCCGCGGCCGCCGUCGCCGGCGACCGCCCGGCGCCCCACCAGCAGCACCAUCACCGCCAUGGGCAUGGCUCGCACCGGGGGGGGGGGGACCCGGCCUCCUCGCGCAUGGCCAUGAUGAUGGCCCACGACGAGGAUGACACCCCUCCGAUGCACGAAUACGAUGCCUUCGGGCACAUUGAGGAUGCCCGCCAGGCGGCCGUGCCGGCCCCGCAGCCGCCGAUCCCGGCCCCCGACCGGCAGUCCUCCCAGCACAAGACGCUGCGCGAGCUGCACAGCCUCCCGCCGGCGGCGGCCGGUGGCGCUGGCUUCGGACCACCGCCGCCGAUGGCCACCACGGCCCCGACCUCCCACAAGGACCGCAUGGCCGGCGAUCCGAGCGCCAUGCCGGUGUCGCCCGGGCGCAUGGCCGGCUCGGAAGCUGCCCCCCGCAUGCCGGGCGGGGCCCCGCCGCCCGUCAAUGACGCCGCCGCCGGCGGCGGCAGCAGCAUGGUUACCGGAGGUGACCCGCACCUGGCCGCGCGCCAGCUGGGCGGCCUGCCGCCAGCUCGGCAGGCGGCCGCGGCGCCCGCCUCGUCGACGGCCACCGGCGCCCGGGCUGACGCCCGUCCCGGCGGCGGCCGCGGCGGCUACUACACCCCCAGCACCUCGGGUGCGGGCUCCUCGCCGUCCUCCUCCUCGUCGUCGGUGCUGUCUCCCUCCAUGCCGACGGCCGGCACCACCACGGCCGGCACCGCCGCCACGGCAGGCCCCAUGGGCGGGGCCCCGCGCAGGGCCGAGGCCGCCACCGCCACCGAUGGGUCUGGAGGCAGCCCAAUGGCCGCCGGCGAUCCUCGGCAGACCUCCUGCCCAAUGUAUCACCCGGCAAGUGGUCGCAACCCGCCGGCCGCCACGACCCAGGCCCGGCGGACAUCCUUCCCGACGUACGGAUCGCCGGGGGCCUCUGCCGCAUCGGGCCCCGCCGCGGCCGCGGUCGCCGCCACCGCCGGCGCAGGCGAGCGCAUGGUCAAGCCGUCGGCCACGGUCAUGCGCAAUCUCGGCCGCAAGCAGACAUCCAAUCCCGAAUUGCUGCCCACCCUCGGCAGAGGGCCCGGCUCUGAGGCCGCUGCACAGCAGCAGCAGCAGCAGCAGCAGCAGCGUCAGUGGCGCCAUGGCGAUGCCAAUGUCUCGCCCCAGGGCCCCCUGGCGCCAGGGGCCGGGUCGCCGGCUGCCCGGCGCCACUCGGUCGGGGCCACCAUCGACGGCCUGGUAGACGGCCCGAUGGCCACUCCGAUGGAGCUCCGCCCGAUGCGCCCGGGGGGGUGCCAGCAGCAUCGCCAGCAGGCGGCCGGGCCGGCCACCUGCGGGCCGCUGUCCCCUGGCCGCGGGUCGACCUGUCCCCAUGCAGGUGGACGGAUCAGCCCGCCCCCGAGCACCGGGGGAAACAGGUUCCUGGAGAUUCACCACCAGCCCCAGGCUGAGGAUGCUGCCGGCAGCUCGGUGAUGGCCGGCCCCAGCGGCGCCGCCCGCCAGAUGCAGUCGCAAGCAUACGCGUCGGCGCCGUCGCCGCCGCCGCCGCCGCCGUCCCAGCAACAGCAGCAGCCCUCGCGUGAUGGAGGAAGCCGCCGUGGUGGUGGUCGUGGUGGUGCUGACGAUGCCACCACCACCACCACUGCCGCCGCCGCCGCCGCCGCCGCCGCCGCCGCCGCCGCCCCCAGCAGCCGGUACGGUCUCGCCGUGAUGGCGGACAGCCCCACCUCCCGCCGCAGGGGGGGAGAUGCCCAGCCACCGCCGGUGCAGCAGCUCGCCACCUCGAGAUCGCUGUCCCCCUGCUCGGAGACUCACCAGAUGUCGAAUCAGCCCCAGUCGCUGAAGCCCUUCCGAAAGAACUCCUCGCCCUUCUGCUACAGCGGCACGGCGCCGGAUGGCAUGGGCCCCGGGAGCUCGGCCUCCGACCAACUGAAUGACCUGAUCGAAUGCCCGGUCCACCAGCAUGUCAUCAAGAUCGGGCCGGGCGGCGCUGCUGCUGGCAGGCUGUCGUCCCCGCCCGCCGGGUCGACAGCCUCCCACACCAUCGCCACCCGGGGCCACUCGGCCGACGAGGCGGACGCCCGCCACCGGGGCCGUCCCCACGGCGGCGACGGCCAGCAGCAGCCGGACCCCCACCGCCACCGCCACCACCACCACCAUCAUCAUCACCACUCGCAGCGGGAGCACCAAACCUCCCUCAGCCAACCGGGCGGUUCUGGCCGGCGCCCGGCCCCCGACAUGACAGCAGCCCCCCAGCGUGUGGCAAUCCAUGCCUCGGUCGUCACGGCCGGUGCUGAUGGUGAUGACGAUGCGUUGGUCUUGGUCGAGUGCCAGCGGCAGACUGGCAGCGCCUUCGGCACUGGCGGCAGCGGCGGGUCGCGUCUGGCCUCCCGGCUGGCGGCCCCGCUGCCACCCCUGUCAUCGAAGAAGAGCCCGGGCCCGGGUCGGAAUAUGCACAACUGCUCCCUUCCGACCAAUUGCAUCCGCAAUCAGGUCCUCUCGGACGUGAGCCGGUCGCCGGAUGGCCGCGGGCCGACCAGCAGCACGGAGCGUCUCUUUGGCCUGCCAGACUCGGAGGAUUAUUUGCAAAGGGCAAGCUUGCCGUCCUCGGUGCAGAGCAGCAGUGGCGGCCCCCCGGCGGCAGCCGCCGCCCCCGCUUCUCGUGGGGAUUCCCCGGCCGCCGGUGCGACGUCAGCACCAAUGGUGGCCGCACCUGCAGCGGAACCGGGGAUGGUCCCCCCCGGCGGCGAGCAGCACUUCUCGCAUGUAUGCCAUCGGCGAACCGACGACGAGAUGGCCAUCCAGCAUGAGGAGUGCCGGGCGGCCUUCAGCGCCGGCGAUGCGGCCCAUCGCGGGCGCCUGCAGCAACAGCUGGAAGCGCAGCGGGGUAGCCCGGGCGGGCGCUUUGCCCCGGGGCCCCGCCCCUCGGCCAUGCCUGCAUCAUUGCCCCCGGCAGGAGGGCAUCUCCGGCCGCCGGGUGAGUCGAUUCCCUUUGGCCAGCAGCCGCGGUCGCUCGUCCCUUCGCAGCAGGAGCAGGAGCAAGAACAGCUGAUCCCCUCGGGGCCGGUGUCGCCGACGGCCGCGGCCGCCCUCGCCGCCGCCGCCGAAGCCUCGGGCGCGGGCAAUCCGGCAACCCAGCGCUUUGCCCAGCCCCCGAUGGAGGACGAGCUGGACACAAGCCCCCAUGCUGCCGAGCACCCUGGCAUUGACAGCCAGAGCUCCUCCCUGUCCGGAGACAGCGGCCGCGGCUUGGACCUGGAUCCGCUGGCUCAGUGUGAGAAUGUGGCCACCACCUUCGGCCACCAUGGUGGAGCAGCCCCAUCCCGGCCCCAGCACUCGGACGGGGGGGCGGACGAAGAGGAGCAGUGCUGCCCGCAGCAGGCCGACAUCCAUGGCCAUGACACCGCCCCCGCGGCCUCGGCCCAGGCGGCGCCAGGCCGCGCCAACCAGAUGGACGCCCAGCCGGGCUCCGGCUCGGCUGGCAGUCGCCGCAUGUCCGCCCCUCCGAACCCCGGCAACAGUCCCACCACGGGCGGCGGCGGCGGCGGCGGCGGCGGCGGCGGCGGCGGCGGCGGCGGCGGCGGCGGCGCCGGUGCCUGGCGCUGGAGCCCCGACGCCGAGGCCGAUGCCAUCUUGCAAACCAUGCCAACGUCGACAUCAGCCCGUGGGUAUGCCGGGCUGCCGCCGGUCGAUGACCAGGCUCGCGACCAUGACCGCCAUCGCCGCCGUGCCCAGGCGCACCGCAAGUCGCCGUCCACCACCACCGCGGGUGGGAGGAUUACUCCUCAGCAACAGUCUCGUGCUUGGGGCCCCCACCCGCGGGCUCAGGAUCCCGACGCGGCCCCGACUACCACCUCGGCCAUGGUGACCUCGGCCGACCGGGCCAUGAUGUUGGGGUCCUCGAUGGACCUGCACACCGAAGCCCGAGUGGACAAGGCACCCAGCAAUCGCAUCGGCGGGGGUCAAGACGAGAUGAACCAACAGGAGCAGCUCCGUGAGUUCUCCGAGUGGGCACGGCAGCAGCGCCGCCUGAAGCAGCAGCAGUCCACAAACCACCGCUCUUUUGAUGAGCACUAG